AUGGAGCUGUCCCAGCUCCUCAAUGAGAUCAGGGCAAACUAUGAACAGCUCCUCACCAGAAAUCAGAUAGAGACGGUGCUGUCAACACGGAUCCAGCUAGAGGAAGACAUAACCAAAAAAAUGGACAAGGACGGAGAAGCGCUGAAGGCAGCUCAGGCUGAACUCAAGGAGGCCCGCCGGCAGUGCCACCACCUGCAAGCGGAAAUCGAGUCUCUCCACGCUGUGGAAAGGGGCCUUGAAAACUCCCUGCAAGCCAGUGAGCAGCACUACCAGAUGCAGCUGCAAGAUCUGGAGUCGGUGAUUGGCAGACUAGAGAAGGAGCUGCAGGAAGUGAGGCGUGGCAUCGAGAGGCAGCUUCAAGAACAUGAGAUGCUUCUCAACACGAAGAUGAGGCUGGAGCAGGAAAUAGCCACGUACCGCCGCCUGCUAGAACAGGAAGAGAUCAGAUAUUAUGGGUGUAUCCAAGGAGAGAAAAAAGAAAAGCCUACCAAGAGUAAAGUUGGCUUUCUUCUCCCCUCAGCCAUUAUAAAUGAAAUAUCUUUUUCAACAAAAGUCUCCCAAAAGUAUGAAAAUGAAACUAUGGAGUCAGUGAUGAAACAGGCAGUAGUGAAUGGAAACAUGGCAAAGGAGAACGCUGGGGCCCACGGCACCAUUCAAACAGAGAAAGUGGAUGAAGUUAUAAAAGAAUGGGAAGGUUCAUUCUUUAAAGAUAACCCUCGGCUGAGGAAAAAGUCUGUUUCUCUCCGGUUUGAUCUGCACUUAGCAGCCACCGAUGAGGGCUGUUUAGAAAGUAGACAAGAUCUGCCGGAUAUCGAAGUCAGGCUUAUCAUGAGAAGAUCCUGUAGUAUUCCUUCCAUCAAACCCCCACCAGCAACCGACUAACCCAGAGAUCGUGUUUACCAAGGGCACUCGAAUGGACCUACGUAAGCCAUACAGACCGUCAGUCCCGAAUGUAAAAUAUUUUAUAUGUAUGGAAAGUGUUAAGAUGCUGUGGGCUGUGGCUCUCCUCAGAGAACACAUAAGGAAGAGAUGAUGUUGCUAGGACUCCAAAGAUGAGCACAUUUUUUUUUUUUUGAGAGGGGUUGCUUAAAAAUAAAACAGAAAUCCAGAGUGGAUUCUGUUUUAUCUAUCAUCUAAAUAGUCUUUAUUCUGACAAGCUUUAUCAGAGACUUUAAGAAUUAGUCUGUAAUUUUCCUCAAAGGUUGAACAUCCUAAGGAAAAUAGAAUAGUUUGUUUGAAAACUGAAGAAUUACAGUGAAUUACUCUCCAUGGUUCCAGGACCAGCUGAACCUAGAAUGUUCUACUUCUAAAAAGGCAGCAGUUAGGAACAAAUGUUUAAGGAGGGGACUCGACAUUCACUUAGGACUUUUCCUUUUGAGGCAAUCAUUUGAACCCUGGGAAUUACAAAGUGUUCCAUCCAUGAGCAGUUCUGAAUGAAGCAUAGAGCAUACCCCAAGGCUAUUCUGACAAUUAAUAAAAUUGGGUUACUCUAUAUCUUAAAGCUUUUUUAAAAUCAGUAUCAGAAAGUCAGUUUGUUGAAAAAUAAAGGAUGUAUACACACAUACACACACACAUACACACACACACACACACACACACACACACACUCCAGCUGUACAAAACCUUUUAAAGCACAUUGAAAAGGUGGUUGACUCCAGUUACUAGGAGAGUUACCCAGCUGCUCACCAUCUGCUCUUCCAGCUGUAAAAUGAAGUGUGAGUAGUGUUUGCUGUGGGCCUUAGAGGAGAGAUUCUAUGAACUUGGAGAAAUAGUCCUUGCAGUCAUUUCUGUGAACUAGAGCAUAGUAUUGCUAUCUCAGCUAAGAGUGUCUGCAGAACUUGUUCUUAAAUUGUUCAAAUUAUAAUAAAUAGAGAUGUAAAAUAUAUUUGUGAAUAAGUGAAGAAUUGUUGCAAAGGUUUUGUUUGUUUGUUUGUUUGUUUGUUUGGGGGUUUUUUAAAUUAUUUAUUUACUAUAUGUGUAUUCCUGCACACCAGAAGAGGGCACCAGAACUCAUUACAGAUGGUUGUGAGCCACCAUGUGGUUGCUGGGAAAUGAACUCAGGGCCUCUGGAAGAGCAGCCAGUGCUCUUAACCUCUGAGCCAUCUCUCUAGCCCCGCUACAAAGUUAAAAAACAACAACACCAACAAAUUUGUUUAAUGCAGGUAUAUAUACUUUGAGACCUUAAAUAAUAAAUGCUUGUUUUACGAGAUAAGAGAUUUAUAGGCUUUUUUUUUUCUAAACAACAACAAAAAGGGAGUACAAACCAUCUGUCACUGUUCUUUGUUUGCAGCUGAAGUAUCAUAUAAGGGCUACAGCUAUACUAGCACUUCAGUGGAGCCUGCAGAGCCCCUCUCCCCCUCCCUCUCUCCACAUGUGGAUAUAUGCACAUAUAUGUUGACUAGUAAAUACACUUUAGCCACAAGGAGCUUACGUUAAUUAACGUUUAGUAUAAUCCAGGAGUUUAACAUCUGCCUUUUUCAUUACUCUCAGUUGCUUUCAGCCUGACUCACUCUAGUUAGUAAAAAGGAAUAAUGUUUGUCAAGAUAACAACAGUAUGUUAAGCACUUAUUCUUGAAUAAGCAUCUGACCUGAAAUUGCAUCCUAUACAUAAAAUAUUUCUUUCAGGCUGAGGGUAUGGCAGGGUGGCAGAGCUUCACCUAGCACACAGGGGACACUGGGUUUGGACCUCAGGAAAAAAAGAGGGGUAUUCAUCAUUAAAUGCUCUGACUUUAUUAAAGCUUUGACUGCAAUCAUAUAAGCCAUUGUACUGGUUACUGCAUUAUGCAACAAGAUUACGAUAAAGCGAUACAUUUAGUGCAAUCUACUGCAGUGUUAGAACUGGACCUUGUAAAUGACAACCUGCUAGAGAAGGUCCACUGUGGGGCUAUUAUGUGUGUAACAUGCAGUACUUGAAUUUGUAAACAAGUUUUGUUUGCUUUGAGGCAUUUUAAAAUCAGAUUAUGAAUUUACCAAAGUAAAUGAUACCACCAUAAUAAAAAAAAAAAACUAAACAUGAA